GGCUGCAUUGUUAUGUCUUUGUGGUAAGAUCUCUGAAUGGGGCCCAGUGUUGUUGCAGUUGAUUUCAUUCGUUUAAUGCUUUAGCUUAGUUUGUGUAGUUAAAGAUUGUUACUUGUUGAAAGCAGUAUCUUCAUCACUCAUUCCUGUUCGAACCAGAAUCAGCUCUUUUAAGGCUUGGCUUUGUUAUGAAGUGCUCUUUUAUCAGGUAUAUUACUGUGUUGUUGAUCACAUUUUCAGUUUUGCGUUGAACUUGUGAAUGUUGUUCUUUCCAUCUCCUCCAAAGGUGAAUGCUGCUUGUCCUGAGGAAAGGGCUUUUAGAGUUACUAUUGCGCUAGUAAAAUGGUUCUAACCUCGUUGAGUCUGUGGAUUUAAGAGCUUGAGGACUUCCUCUAGAACGUUGCAAUUACUUUGAUGCUUUAUGUACAAGGGAUUAUUACUGCAGAGAUUGAAGGAGUUUUUGGGUUCUAUUUUUGCGUUUUAACCAUAACUUUUCUGAACUUCAUUUUGUUGUAUUCCAAUCUCAGCAUUGAGAAGUGGAAACUCUCCGUUUAUUUAUCGUCUUUGAAAUUGUGGCUAACUUGGGUUUGAUAGGAUUAAUAUGAAGCUCUUUAAAUUUUUAGUGUUGUUCCUAUUUUUCCUUCCUGCCAUGGGGCAGCUUCCUUCACAGGACAUUCUGGCUUUGCUUGAAUUCAAGAAGGGUAUUAAGCAUGACCCUACAGGUUAUGUCAUUGAUUCAUGGAACGAGGAGUCCAUUGAUUUCAAUGGCUGCCCUUCUUCUUGGAAUGGGAUUGUCUGUAAUGGUGGAAAUGUUGCUGGUGUUUUCCUUGAUAACCUAAGUCUCUCUGCUGAUGCAGACUUGAGUGUUUUUUCGAACCUUACGAAGCUUGUGAAACUCUCCAUGUCAAACAACUCUAUUGCAGGUGUCAUUCCUGACAAUAUAGGUGACCUCAAAAGUCUUGAGUUUCUGGAUUUGUCAAGUAAUCUUUUCUCUUCAUCAUUACCACCUGGCAUUGGUAAAUUAGGGAGCUUAAGGAAUCUUUCACUGGCUAGCAAUAACUUCUCAGGUUCAAUUCCAGAUACAAUUUCAGGGCUUAUUUCAAUCCGAUCUUUGGACUUGAGUCACAAUUCCCUGUUUAGUUCACUGCCAACCUCGUUAACAAAAUUGGAUGAGCUGUUGUAUCUAAAUUUAUCUUCCAAUCAGUUUACCAAGAGAAUUCCAAAAGGUUUUGAGCUCAUUUCAGGUCUUCAGGUGCUUGACUUGCAUGGGAAUAUGCUAGAUGGAAGCUUAUAUGGGGAGUUUUUCCUUCUAUCAAAUGCCAGCCAUGUUGACUUUAGUAGGAAUAUGCUGCAGAGCUCUAAUUCACAGAAAUUGCUACCCGGCAUUUCUGAAAGUAUUAAGUAUUUAAAUCUUAGCCACAACCAACUUACUGGAUCAUUGGUUGGGGAAGAUGAGCUUCAGUUGUUUGGAAAUUUGAAGGUAUUGGAUCUAAGCUACAAUCAGCUGUCUGGAGAAUUGCCUGGAUUUAAUUUUGCAUAUGAUCUUCAGGUUCUUAAGCUCAGUAACAACAGAUUUUCGGGCUUCAUUCCUAAUGUCCUGCUGAAAGGAGAUUCUCUGCUUUUAAACGAGCUCGAUUUAAGUGGGAACAAUCUCUCAGGUAGCCUUUAAAUGACAUGCUUGAAUAUAUGGCCGGUAUCCAUGAUCAUGUCAACCAAUCUGCAGAUGCUCAAUCUUUCCUCAAAUGGGCUCACGGGGGAACUUCCUUUACUGACUGGAAGUUGUGCUGUACUUGAUCUAUCAAAUAACAAAUUAGAAGGAAAUUUAACCAGGAUGGUGAAAUGGGGUAAUAUUGAAUACCUUGAUCUCAGCCAGAAUCUUUUGAUAGGAUCGAUUCCUGAGGUAACCCCCCAAUUUUUGCGUUUAAAUCAUCUCAACCUCUCACAUAAUUCUCUUAGCAGCUCUCUACCAAAAGUGAUAAUGCAGUACCCUAAGCUUAGUGUCCUUGAUCUCAGUUUCAACCAAUUAGAUGGACCUCUUUUAAAUGACCUACUAAACUCGGCUACUUUGGAAGAACUUCAUCUUGGGAACAAUUUAAUUUCUGGUGCUAUUGAGUUCUCUCGUUCUAGUGAAUCCAACCUCCAUGUUCUUGAUCUCUCUCACAAUCAGCUCAAUGGCUAUUUUCCCAACCAAUUUGGAUCGUUGGCUGGACUUCAAGUGCUCAAUCUUGCAGGCAAUAACUUAUCUGGUUCCCUGCCAACUUCAUUGGCUGACAUGAACUCUCUAAGUUCAUUAGAUAUAUCCCAGAAUCAUUUUACUGGAUCUUUACCAAACAAGGUACCUAACAGUCUUCACAGCUUUAAUGUUUCCUACAAUGAUCUCUCUGGAGUUGUACCAGAAAAUCUAAGGAAGUUCCCUUCUUCCUCCUUCUACCCUGGAAAUUCUAAGUUGAAUUUUCCAAGUGGUCCUCCCGGAUCAAAUAAUGCCCCCGCUGAACAUUCCAGGAGGAAACCGAUCAACACAAUUGUCAAAUGGGUGAUUGUGGUGUCAUGUGUGGUUGUUCUUAUCUUACUCAUCCUGCUUGCUAUAUUCCUAAAUUACAUCCGUAUAUCAAGGAGAAGUCCUCCAGAGCAUGUUACAAGUAAAGGUGUUCGCAAGCGAGCACCAACAAACCCUUCUAGCAUUGUUGGGACUGAGAGUGGGGGUGCUUUGGUUGUUUCGGCGGAGGAUCUUGUGUCUUCACGGAAAGGAUCAUCAUCUGAAAUUAUCACUCCCGGUGAGAAAAUGGCAGCGGGGACUGGCUACUCUCCUUCGAAGACCAGCCAUUUAUCUUGGUCACCGGAGUCUGGAGAGUCAUUUACCGCUGAGCACCUUGCAAGAUUGGAUGUAAGAUCACCAGAUCGAUUGGUUGGUGAGCUGUAUUUUCUUGAUGAUACAAUCACAUUGACACCAGAGGAGCUGUCAAGGGCUCCAGCAGAAGUUUUGGGAAGGAGCAGCCAUGGGACUUCUUACAGGGCAACCUUGGAUAACGGAGCCUUCUUGACUGUUAAGUGGCUCAGAGAAGGGGUGGCAAAACAGAGAAAAGAAUUUGCCAAGGAGGCUAAAAAAUUUGCAAACGUUAGGCAUCCUAAUGUAGUGGGUUUGAGAGGGUACUACUGGGGCCCCACCCAGCAUGAGAAGCUGAUUCUUUCUGAUUAUAUUUCACCUGGAAGUCUCGCAAGCUUUCUUUAUGAUCGACCGGGAAGGAAAGGCCCACCCUUAUCCUGGGCACAGAGGCUGAAAAUAGCUGUUGAUGUUGCACGUGGCCUAAACUAUCUCCAUUUUGACCGUGCUGUUCCACAUGGUAACCUAAAAGCAACAAACAUACUAUUAGAUGGACCUGACCUUAAUGCACGUAUUGCUGAUUACUGCCUACACCGCCUCAUGACACAAGCUGGCACUAUGGAACAAAUUCUGGAUGCGGGGCUCCUGGGUUAUCGCGCACCAGAGUUGGCUGACACCAAGAAACCGCUGCUUUCCUUCAAGUCAGAUGUUUAUGCGUUCGGAAUGAUUCUGUUGGAACUUCUAACAGGCAGAUGUGCUGGUGAUGUAAUUCCUGGGGAAGAGGAAGGUAUUGAUUUGAAGGAAUGGGUGCGGUCGAGGGUAGCAGAUUGCUUUGAUCCUGCCUUGGCACGAGAGAUGAUGAAUUCAGCUGCUGAAAAGGGAAUGAGGGAGGUCCUUGGAAUAGCAUUAAGGUGUGUAGGAUCUGUUUCUGAGAGGCCAGGUAUCAAGACUAUAUAUGAAGAUCUUUCUUCUAUAUAAUCAAUCUUUAGAUUGAAAUAUUCAGGGAAUUCAAUCCCUCAUUGGCCUUCCGUUUUGACUCUUUUUCUUUUGGCAUAUCCAUCAUCUGAUUUCCAUUCAAAUUUUGUUGUAAAAAUGAAGCACAUUAUGGAAUGAAUUAGAAAAGUUUCAGCUAGUUUUGCUGGUUUUUGAAUGACAAAAUCCACCGUCUCCAAACCAGUUUCAAUGCUUGUUUUGUCCGACUUAAGGCAUGCAUUUUCAGCUCGGGUGGUUUGAGGUUUAGUCUUAUUGGGCUCGGUUAUCUUUUAUUUCAGAUGUUAAUCAAAGUUUAGC